GCAUCCGAGCUGCGUCGACAGUGCCCCCAGGUUACAAGCCCAGCGCUGAGAGCCUCUAUUUUUUCCCUUUUUCAAAUGGAGUUCUCUUUGUCAGCGUCCCUCGGAAGGGGAAGGAAGUUCUUGUUGUGUGAACCUGUCUCUGCCUGCAAUACAGCCGAACCAAGAUGGCUGAUUCACCAUCAUCCGACGAUAGCUCGCAAGGCUCGGUAGACGAUUCUACCACCCAGGCGCUCGCGAAAGCGCCUGCGGUCAAGGACAAAGAAUGCCAAUACUGCCAUCAGCACUUUACCUCGUCCUCCCUCGGUCGACACCUCGAUCAGUUCAUCUCCAAGAAGAAGGCCGACGGCAUUCACGAUGUCGAAGAGAUCCGCAGGCUCCGCGGUGGAAUCACGCGACGCACCGCCAGAGGCUCGCGAAAGGACAAAAACAACAAAGACCGGGGCGAAACGAUAUCUUCACAGGCCUCUCCGGGCCCAGGAGCGAUCUCAUCCGACCUCGCCGCCGCCGCCGGGUCAGCCAACAACACAAACGACCUGAAUAAAGUGCCUCCUGGUGGACUACAUGUGAGGUUGAACAGACUGAAUUGGCAGGCCACCGGGGUCAUCACGGAUCCUACCACGCUGGACUCGCCCAUGUCUGCGAUGCCUCCGACGCCCGCAGCGUUGACAAACAGUCCUUCUGGAGUCAAGCGUAGUUUCUCGACCUACGCGCAAGAUCUCGGGUCUGGGUCUAUUAAUACUACCAAUAAUAACAACACCAAUUCCGACACGGCGCGAGCGCUAGAACUGGCGCUGCGCGAGGUCCUGGAUUCCUUACGUGCCGCCACCAAACACGCCUCUCCAACGCCGUCGCCGUUCAAAUUCGACAUACAGUCACAGACGUACCCGUCGCUGUGCCUGAAGAUGCUCCCCGCGCCGGCCACGUUAUUCCAGGCUUCGCCCUUUGCCACGCCGCAGUCCAUACCGAUCUCCCCGCCGGGGCCUGACCAGCUGCAGCCGCUGAGGCAGAAACUCAGCACGGCCAUCGACUACUGGAAGUGGCAGGCUCUACGGCUCGCGCAGCCGACGACGUCCAACAUUGCGGAAGAGGCGGACUUCCUCAGCCGCAGCGCCGCGCAGUGGAACGAGUCGACGCUCACGCACCUGGAGACGUGCUACCAGAACUGGAUGGUGCACCCGCUCGAGGUGCGCAGCCUGCUGUGGCAGAUCGAGUUGCUGCGCUCGUACAACAACGAGCAGCAAAAGGUGUCGGAGCUCGAGGAGAAACUCGAGUCCCUGCAGCAGGAGACGAACCAGUUGCAGCAGCAGGUCGAGUACCUGUCCCGCUGCCAGUGGCCGAGGGAGAUGGCCCUGUGGCCCCCCGAGCGCAAGACGUUUGGCGCGUCGAUGCGGGAGGAGCUGCGGCUGAUGAACCUGAACAAACUCCCCGGGGCCGAGGGCGCCGAGGACUACAUCCAGCUGCCCGAGAGCGUCAACACGCGCGGGGACAAGUGGGAUUUCGACAAGCUGGUCAACAAGUGGAAGACGCACAUCCGGGAAGACCGAAACAGAAGAAUACCCCCUUCUUCCUCCCAAACGCAUACGCCCCUGGUGGACGGCGCAAAAGGAACGGCCGAGCUGAAAAGGUCGCAGACGGAGCCGUCGGGGAUGAAUGGAUUGUCGAACGGCCAGUCACCCAGUCUUGUCACGACGACUGAUGAGCAACGGAGAAAAGGAACGAAUACGAGGAGUCAGAAAGGGAAUAUCAAUUUGGUGUCUGAUUUUUGAGAGAGGCCAUGAAAAGUGUACUAGUGGACCGAGGAGAGAAGCAUGAGUUCUCCUCGGUAACUCCACGUGGAUCACUCCGUACGUGUAUACCUAUAUAUCUUUGUGUAUUUAAUUUAGUAGCCUGUUUCCCAAUUUUGGCCAGAUGGAUACAUUACAGAUACAGCGUCCUAUUAGGUGGAUAUGAUGCAUGUACGGAUAUGUGUCUGUCAAAUAAUGUAUUCGUAUUACGAGAGUAUUUGUACCCAGGAUUCCCGUGUCCGUAUAGAGAGGUAUACCAUUUCCCCGAUCCAUAAAAUCCAUCACACUGCGCCUUACAUUCUGUUUUCAC